GUUUUUUUUAUGUGAAUUUUUGAGAUUUAAUUUGAUAUUUCUGGUUAAUUAUAUUGUAAUUACUCUUUAGAUUCGUCUUUGAAUUUUUGCUUUCUGAGUUUUUGAUGUACAAAGAUUCGGGUGCGAGUUUUCUUCUUUUUAACUUCGAUUUGAUCUUUGAUUCGGGUUCUUAAUGAGAUUUCAGUUGUGUAUUUAGCUUUGAUUUGGGGUAGGUUCAUGAUUUUGAGUGAAUGUUGAAAUUGGGUUUUCAUUUUAUGCUUCUGUAAUUAAUUAUACUUGUUAAUUUUGUUGUAUUAGUUCUCAAUUGUUGAAUUUGUUUUUCAAGAUUGAAGAAGAAAAGACUUGGGAACAAGAAGAAGACGAAAAUCAGUGAUUUGAUUUUGAUUUUGAUUUGAGUUUGUGUCAACAAGUGGUUAAUAUAUGAGACAGUUGAGUUCAGUUAAGUAAGUUAUUUUACUGAUUCAGUUGAUUUGAGGGAGAAAUGGGUUCAAAUUUAAACUUUAAGAACAUGGGUGAAGCGCCACCAGAAGGAAGCGGAGCAGGAAGGCCACCAGGGGGUUUUCCAUUAGCAAGACAAACAUCAGUAUAUUCAUUAACAUUUGAUGAGUUUCAGAAUACCAUGGGUGGACUUGGAAAGGAUUUUGGAUCAAUGAAUAUGGAUGAAUUUCUUAGGAACAUUUGGACAGCUGAGGAGGCUCAAGUUAUGGGUAUGGUUCCAUCUGCUUUUGGUGCUGGUGCUGGUGGUAGUGGGGUUGCUGUUGAAGGAGGAUUACCCAAUGGGAAUCUUCAGAGACAGGGCUCCUUAACGUUACCGCGCACGUUGAGCACUAAAACUGUUGAUGAAGUUUGGAAAGAUUUGUAUAAAGAAAAUGGUGGUGUGCUUAAAGAUGGGAAUGUUAACGAUGGUGUCGGUGUUGGUUCGAAUAUGCAGCAAAGGCAACAGACUUUAGGAGAAAUGACUUUGGAAGAAUUUUUGGUUAGAGCUGGGGUAGUAAGAGAAGAGCCUCAAUCAGUUGGAAGACCUAGUAAUACCAAUAAUAACAAUGGAUUUUAUGGUGAUUUACUUGGUACUACUAAUAACAACAAUAAUGGUGGUUUGGCCCUUGGGUUUGGACAGCAACCAAAUCGAUCGAAUGGAAUUCCAGUUAAUCGUAUUAACGAUAAUAAUAAUUUGCUCGCCAAUCAAAGUCCAAAUUUGGAUAUGACUAUGAAUGGGAAUAGGCCAUCUCAACAACAGCAGCUUCAACAACCGCACCAUCAGCUUCAGCAACCGCAACAGCAUCAGCAUAUUCUCCCUAAGCAACCUGCCGUCUCUUAUGCUUCUCCCCUUCAUUUAACUAACAAUGGUCACUUGGGUAGUCCGGGGAUUAGAGGAGGGGUUGGGGGAUUAGGGGACACCAUGAUGACCAAUGGGUUUGUUCAAGGUGGAGGACUAAAUAUGGUUGGCCUAGGAGGAGCAGGGACGGCUGUUACAAUAGCAAGUGUAUCACCUGCAAACCGACCUUCUUCAGAUGGGCUUGGCAAGAGUAAUGGUGAUAAUUCUUCCUUGUCACCAGUGCCUUAUGUUUUUAAUGGAACUUUAAGGGGCAAGCGAAGUGGAGCUGUAGAAAAAGUUGUCGAGAGGAGGCAGAGGAGAAUGAUAAAGAACAGAGAGUCUGCUGCGCGGUCACGUGCUCGCAAGCAGGCUUAUACCAUGGAACUUGAAGCAGAAGUAGCGAAACUCAAAGAGGAGAACCAAGAGUUGCAAAAGAAGCAGGCUGAAAUUGAGGAAAUGCAGAAAAAUCAGGAAGUAGAGAUGAUGAAUCAACAACCCGGAUCCAAGAGACGAUGCUUAAGGAGGACACAGACUGGUCCUUGGUGAAGCUGAAGUAUUGCUUCGAAAAUAGAUAGCCUGGUUAGAUUGUGUUAAACCUCUUCUUUUUGAAGGGUUAGGUAGUUGUACAUAUAAAUAGGGAGACGACUGGGUUUGCCGUGAGCUGAGUACUUAUAUUGUUGUAUUUAUUUUGUAGAUUAAGUUUUCCCCAUUUUGUAAUCACUCUGCUUGCUCCUCUUUUGAGCAUCAAGGGUAGCUUAGGUUACGAAAAUGAAUAUUUAGUGCAGCGAGUAUCGUUUGGCUAUCUGUUAAAAACGUAUUGUCCAUUCUCAACCUGUUUAAGUAU